AUGCUGAAGCUGGUGGUGCUCUUGACGGUGUGCAGUGUGAUUGUGGCUCAAAAGCAGCAGCAGCAGCAGCAACAGCAACAUCAGCAGUCCUUGCCCCGGUACAAGGAGAUCCCGAUCGUGAACCUUGAGAACGUACUCGAGGUAGAUGGGAAGUUCCGGUAUAGCUACGAAGGUGGUGAUGGAACUCGUGCGGCUCAGGAUGGUCAGCAGAUUGUGGUGAACAAUCAGGUUGGAACGGCUUCGCAGGGCCAGUACACCUAUCAGGGUGACGACGGCAAGACGUACUCGAUCACGUACAUCGCAGAUGAAAACGGAUAUCGUGCGGUUGGUGAUCAUCUGCCGACGCCUCCUCCGGUUCCUGCGCCGAUUGCACGAGCUCUCGCUCACUUGGCUACGCUUCCACCAGCCAGCAAGGAAGGUCCGCAAGGACGAAAGUUCUGA